GAACCUUUCAUAAAAGAAAUACGAGUAUUUUCUAAAAAUCCAGAGAUAAAAACGAUAAUGUUAAAAGUACACCAAAAUAUAGAUGAUUCAAUUUUUGAUAGCUCUGCGUACCAUAUAAAUAAGAAGUACUUGAUAAUAGUUGGUGCCUGGCCUUACCUCACUCCAGGAAAAAGAAAACUCAUGUGGCUUGCCAUUAAUUUGGCCUUAUUUACCGUCUGGAUACCUCAGUUGAUUCACAUCAUUGUCAUAAUCGAUAGAAAGAAAGAAGUAAUCUACUGUUUGAUGACAUAUCUUUGUGCAUCUAUGGGUUUCAAUUCAUCGGUCAAUGGCCUCCUGAACAAUGGCGCGCUGAAAAAAUUGUUUGAUUCCUUGAAAGAGAAUUGGAAUGAUUUACAGAGCGACGAUGAGAGGACAAUUUUUGCGACGUAUGCUAAUUACGGCAAGAUGUUCACCGUCGGCCUAUCAAUCAGCUACUAUUUGGUUAUUCUGUCUUAUAUCGUAUCGGCAUUGAUGCCCUCGAUGCUGCAUUACUACUUCACGGGCAACUGGACUAUACCCGAGAGAAAUAUCUUUGAGGCCGAGUUAUUCGUGGAUCCCGUCGAGUACUACUGGCCUCUAUUUAUUCACGGGAUCAUAAUUGCCUUUGUGGCGAUUUGGAUACUUUUGGCUUACGACUGUUUUUUCAUCAUGAUAGUGCUCUAUUGCUGUGGAAUGUUCUCUGUCUUGCUGCACAAAAUCGAGCAAAUGGACACUGAACUUUAUAAUUAUUCCUAUGAUCAGCAGUUGGCUUUGGAAAAAAUUGAGGAAAUUGUGACGUACCAUCUUAAGUGUCUUGAAUUUGCACAAAAAGUCGAGGAUUUCUUUUGCAUCCAGUAUGUAAUACAGCUAUUGAUCAAUACAAUCGUGAUAAGUGUAUGCGGAUCGCAGGUCAUAAAUAUUGCAGAUGAGUCUCCACUAGACAUAUUCAGGUAUACUUAUGUGGCCGGUUCAGUCAUCUUUCGCCUGAGUUUAACCAAUGUUUGUGGACAAAGCGUACACGAUCGAAGCCUUCGGGUGUAUGAACAAUUAAUACACCGCAAUUGGUACGAGUAUCCAAUACAAAUAAGGAAACUAUUCAUAGUCCUUUACAAUAGAAGCGUCGAGCCUUGCAAUCUGACGGCUGGUAAAAUGGUUAACCUAAAUCUUGAAACUUUUUCCAAGCUAAUGAAAACAGCGUUAUCUUAUUGCAUGAUGAUUAUCCAAACUCAAUAAAAUUCUUUUUAUCUCAAAUAUCUAAAACUUAC